AUGUCUACCAAUGAUUAUCGGCAUAUACAUCAUAUUAUUUCGACUAAACCAUUACCAUUAUUGAAUUCCCAUGAAACAAAUCAUGCACUUCAUUAUACACAAACAAUAGAUAAUGACGGCGAGACACCAACAAACACAAGAAUGCUUCAUCGUCGUGUUCAUUUUAAUGAUUUACAAGAAUAUCUUUUAACUGGUGCAUCCAAACAACUUAGUCUUCAUCAAAUACAAUCACCAUCAAUAGUGUCAAUGUCACAAUAUGAUGAUAAUGAGGAAUUUUUCACUCGUGUACCAAAUGAAACUUCUCCUUCGUAUUUGCCGUUAUCAUUUAAAAGACAUUAUGAUGACGAUGAUUUUAGCGCUCUCAGUAAACAAUAUGUACUGAAACAACGGAUUAUUCCAGUUCAUCAUGAACGUGCAACUAUAGAACAAGAUGAAAUAUCUCGGACUUUGACGCCAACAAUUCAAAUGAGUAUUCCAAUGGUAUUUCCAGUUGCUACUGCUCCACCACUACUACCACCACCAGUACCUAUUAUUUUUUAUCAACAGCAACAACAACAGCCUAUUCCAGUGCCUACAAUAUUUGGACAGCCACAACCAAUCAUGCAUGCUUAUCGUAUUCCUCAUCCACCACCACAGUCACAAGUUUUCGUUACAGAGCAUCAUCACCACCAUCAUCGUCUGCCAACUCCUCAGCCUGUUGAACCUAUACUGGCACCGCCGCCGCCACCACCACCCCCUGUACCUUUGACUACUACUGAAAUCACUGAAACAGUUCGUACUGUUCGACGUCGGCCACGUGCAAAAGCUACUGCAACAAUUAUUGAACAAAAAGAACCCGUUCAGAGAAUACAAACGGAAGAAGUUAUUGUCGAACAACGACGACCUCAAGUUACAUUUGAACAGACUGAAGUGCGAAGUAAUUCAAUAUCAAAACCGUCACGUGAGAUUUUCGUUGAAUAUUAUGAUACUGUCGUUGCACCACAACAAAGCGAAAUAAUUGAAACAGAGAUUCCAUCAAGUGUACAAUAUAUUGAUACGCGACCAGUGACUAGAAUUGAAAAAGAAACGGUGCAACUUCCAGUAAAAUCAAAAAAAGUAAUACAAGGAAAAAAAAUUGUUGGUGCAAAAGUUGACUCAUGGAAUCGUGGAUAUAGAUCUAAAGGUGGAGAUCUUAAAAUUUAUAAUAAGGGAUUGAGAUUUGAAGGCAAUGAAGAACCCAUUAUUGAAACAUAUGAUAGAAAUUAUACAAAGCACCAAGGUGUUGUUCAAGUUCGCACAAAUAUUGAUCAACCUGAAGAAGAGGAGGCAGCAAGAAUCGAAGUUUUUACUAGACCCUUUGAAAUUGAACAAGCAAGUCAAACUGUUAGUGUUACUCGAGAAAUACAAAAACUACCCACUGAAACAGUUGAAAUUAUUGAAAAACCUGUACAACAAGUUGAAAUUGUAAGGGAAUUUAUUGAACCACAACCUCCUCAAAUUACUGAAGUUCGUACUCUGAAUAAAAGACGCAUUAAUCCUCCAACGACGACUCGACAAAUUGAAAAACCUCCUCAGAUCAUUAUAGAACAGUAUGAAGAUCCUAUUCAAGUAACUACAUCUCCGCCAGUACCAGUACGCUAUUAUUUAGGCGAAGAACGAUAUUUAACUGAACUUGAAUUCGACCAAGCUGUGACAAAACCACCAGAAACUUAUCCUAAAAAAAAAGUUGAUUCCAGUAUAUACGAUCUCGACUAUGAAAAGCAAUAUGCAACUUUUACCGCACAACAACUCAACGAAUAUAUUCCAACAGAAAAAGCAGCGAAAUAUGAUUCAGACGAAUUACCUACUGAAAAACUUCGUUCAAGUACGUGUCGUCUCGAUUACGAAAAACAAUAUGCUGAACUUAGUUCAAAACAAUAUAAUGAAUUUGAAACAUUCGAACAAACACUAGAUUAUGAAUCAACAAAAUUAUCCAUUAAGAAACUUCGUCCAACAAUUUAUGAAGAUGAUUAUGAAAAACAAUACGCUGAAUUCGUUCCAAAAGAAUUUAAUGAACAUGAAAAACUCGAACAAACGGUAGUUCGUGAUCCAUCGAUAUAUCCCAUUAAACAGCUUCGAUCUAAUAUAUAUAAACUUGGUUAUGAAAAACAAUAUGCACUCCAUGAAGCGAAUCAAUAUGAAGAAAAUCAAAAAAUGGAACAAGUACCACAUCAUGAUUUAUCGAAAUAUUCUCUUAAACAACUUCAGUCAGAUAUCUAUGAACUUGAUUUUGAAAAACAGUAUGCACUUCAUGAAGCUAAGCAAUUUAAUGAAUUUCAUCGACCAGAACAGACACUCGGUCGAGAUUCGACAAAAUAUUCUGUUAAAAAACUUCAACCAAAAACAUAUGAAAUUGAUUAUGAAAAACAAUAUGCAGAAUUUGUUCCAAAAGAAUUCAAUGAACAUCAGCAUCUCCAACAAACAGUUCCUCGGGAUCCAUCGAUCUAUUCUCUUAAACAACUUCAAUCGGAACCAUAUAAACUAGAGUUCGACGAACAACAUGUACUUUAUGAAACCAAUCAAUUCCAUGAAUAUCAUCAACCGGAACAAACACUAAAUUAUUAUCCAACGCAAUUAUCUCUUAAACAACUUGAAUCCAAUGUUUAUAAUCUCGAUUUUGAUAAACAAUAUGCAGAAUACAUAUCAAAUGAAUUAAAUGAAUUCAUUGAACUUGAAAAUUUAUUGGACCGUGAACCGACAAAAUAUUCUCUUAAACAACUUCAGGCAGCUGUGCAUGAUUCUAAUUUUGAAAAACAAUAUGCAACAUAUGAAACUAACGAAUUUAAUGAAUGUAAUCCACCUGAAGAAACAUUAGAAUAUCAAUCAAGUCAAUUAUCUUUUGCAAGCCUGCGUUCAAUUGCAUAUGAUCUUGAUUUUAUUCGUCAGUAUGCGAUGUAUUCAUCAAACGAAUUUCAAGAAGAUCAACCUGUUGAACAAGCCUUACCUUACGAUUCAACACAAUUAUCAUUACAUCAAGCAUCAACAGGAUCUAUAGAAUAUUUACUGCUUAAUCGAGCUUUGCAUGCUGUUUAUGAAUAUGUUGAUGAUACAAUUCAAUAUUCAACAGUAGAUCAACUUGAUCAACGUAUCCGUCCGAAGAGUGUUCAAUUGCCGAUAGAAAAAGGAAAAGUAAAACAUUUUCGUGCUAUUUCUCAAGAACCACCAACAAUCUUAUGGCGUGAAUUAACAAUCCAUAUUCCGGGAAGUCGUCAGGAAAUUUUAAAAAUUGUUUCAAACAAAAUGAUACGAAAAAGAAUUGCUUGGAAAAAAAUUCAUUAUGCUGUCGCUCGUAUUGAUUGUUGGAAUAGAAAUUAUCAUCGGCCACCAUUAAGACGACGUCGUUUGAAAAAUCGAAAGAUUUUCUAUCAUCCAAAACCAUACGAUGUAUGGAAUGAUGAAUUGAAAGCUAGCAUGCCUUCAAAUAUUCUAAAUCGUACACCACGUGUUGAAGCUAAACCAAAAAUUGAUACUUGGCUAAGAAGACCGUAUAUUGAAUCGCAAUCAAAAAUUAAAAUAUUUCAUAAACCAAUAAAAAUCCAAGGUAAAAUACGUGUUGAUACCUGGCUAAAAUUAUCGUCUCGUUCACGAAGUACUAGUGCUCAAAUUAUUCAUCGGCCAAUACAAGUGACUGGUAAAAGUAAAAUUGAUGCUGGGUUAAAACCGCCAAUACGUAGAGCUCAUAGUGCUUUUCAGAUUGUUCAUAAACCAUUAAAUAUAAUUGGACACAGUCGAAUUGAUACAUGGCAAACACAUUCUAUACAUCCAACAUCCCGCUUUCAACGCGCUGUUCAUAAACCAAUACAAAUGCAAGGAAAAAGUCGAAUAGAUACAUGGUUACGGCAAGAACCUAUUCAUCAAAAUCAAAUCAAACGAACGGUUCAUAAGCCUCUGGUUAUUCAUGCUAGAAGUCGUGUUGAUACAUGGAAUAAACAACAAUAUGAACAAAAAUUACAGUUAAAAAAAGUUUUUAAUCGCCCCAUACUAAUUGAAGGCAAAAGUCGAACCGAUACAUGGCAAAAAUCUCAACCAUAUAGUCGAUCACAUACUUCGAAAAUUUUUGAUAAGCCUAUGCAAGUGAUUGGGAAAAGUAAGGUAGAUAAUUGGCUGCAAAGUUCAUUUCAUCCUAAACAUCAACCACUUGUAACUCAAAUUGAUAAACCAUUAAAAAUAAUUGGCCGAAGUCGCGUUGAUACUUGGCAGACAAAAACAUCGUCAAGACGAGCUCACAGCGCUAUUGAAAUUCAUAGACCGGUUCAUAUUAUUGGUCGAAGUCGAGUGGAUACCUGGCAAACAGCAGAAAGAAAACUUCCCACGAGCCAUCAUCAUAUAGUAAAUCGUCCUAUUCAAGUAGAGGCUAAGAGUCGAAUCGAUACUUGGCAAAUAUCAAUACCUCGACGAAGAGCACAUAGUGCUCACGAAGUAUCUCAACCUUUUGUUAUUCAUGCACACAGCCAAAUUGAUACUUGGCGAAAAUCUGCACACAUUUCUGAACCUAAUAAAAAACAAGUACUACAUCAGCCAAUUAAAAUUGAAGCUAAAAGUCGUAUAGACACUUGGCAAACACAACCGUCCCGCUCACGUGCUUAUAGUCCUACAGAAGUAAUUGAUAGACCAGUUCAUAUUGUUGGUCAAAGUCGCAUAGAUACAUGGCAAACACUAUUACCACGUCGACGCGCUCAUAGUGCUACUGAUAUUCAAAAGCCCAUUCAUAUUAGUGGCCAAAAUCGUGUGGAUACUUGGCGUACAUCUGAAACAAUACCACAUUCUCGUAAAAAUCAGCUUAUUAAUCAUCCUAUUCAAGUUCACGCUAAAAGCCGAAUAGAUACAUGGCAAACGCUAACUACACGCCGGCGAGCUCGAAGUGUUGCAGAGAUCCAUAAGCCAGUUCAUAUUAUCGGUCAAAGUCGAAUUGAUACUUGGCAAGAAAUGGGUAGAAAGCCUCAGACUAGUAGAUUUUCACAAAUGAAUCGUCGGAUUCAAAUUCAAGCUAAAAGUCAAAUCGACAGUUGGCAAUCGUUACCAUUAAAACGUACAGCUGACAGUGUUGCACAGAUUCAUAAACCGGUUCAUAUUAUUGGACAAAGUAGAAUUGAUAAUUGGCAAACCGUUGAGCAUUCAUCUCCAUUUAUAAGAAAUCCUAUGAUUCAUCGUCCAGUUCAAAUACACGGCAAAAGUAGAAUUGAUACAUGGGAAAACGAAUCUGUCUAUCGAAAGCGACGCCGUAGCCUAUCACCUAUUAAUAAACCAGUUCACAUCCUAGGACGAAGUCGUCUUGAUAAUUGGAAUUUUUCUGUGUUAGCAUCUAAUACUAGAUCGAAAAUUCUUCACCAGCCACUUUAUAUUCAUGCUCAUUCAAUGAUUGAUAAUUGGCAAACAAAAAAGAAUGUAGUUCAACGUUCAAAAAGUGUUCCUACUAUUCAUGAAAAAAUCUAUAUCAAACCACAAUCACGCAUAGAUACAUGGUUAUCAACAAAUAAUAAAGCCCACCGAAAUACAAGCAAAAUUUCUCAUCAACCGUUAUAUAUCAAUAUUCGACCUCAAAUUGAUACUUGGCAACAAACGACAAAUCAAAUGAAUACGAAUUCAAAGAAACUAAUAAAUCAUCCGAUUCAAAUCAAUGCUCGUUCUCGCGUUGACACAUGGCGUGAUGAAAGAGACAAACCUAUUGCAUCAGUUUCGAAAUCGAUUGAUCAGCCUGUACAUGUUCAAGCCCACUCAAAAAUUGAUACAUGGAGAGCACAAACUCAAUCGAUCACUGAUCAUAAUCAUCGAAUGAUUAAUAAUCCAGUUUAUGUAAAUGUUCAAAGUAAAAUUGAUACCUGGUCAGGAGUACGACAAGGACGCAUUGUGAAAAAGAAAAACCUAUUCAAUCGUCCGAUAAAUGUUGUUGCCCGAUCGAAAAUUGAUUUUUGGCAAAACAUAAAAGAAUCUAUUCGUCAAUCGAGCGCCCCAAUUGUCAGGCAGCAAAGAUUACAUGUCGUUGCUCGCUCGCGUUUAGAUACUUGGCAAUCUAAUUCAAGGAAACAGUCGAUUCCAUCAACAAAAUCUCAGCUUGUGCAUAAACCAGUUCAUGUUCAAGCACAACCAAAGGUGAACACCUGGAAUGAUAACAAUGUAACUGUAAAACGAAAAGAAAUAUUUCGAGACAAACAACAAUUCAUUUAUGUUGAUACUCAGUCAAAAAUUGAUACAUGGCUUGAGCCACCACCCAAAAAUACUGAUUUGCAUCGAUCAAAAUCAAUAUUAAAUCGACCAAUUGAUCUAUUACAUAUUAAACCAAGUCUUAAUACUUGGAAUGAUCAAUAUAAAACAUCACAAAAUACCGUUGAAAUUUUCGAUCGGCCCAUUCAUUUUGAAGCUCAUUCAAAAGUAAAUACAUUUCAAUCUCAGAAAUCGUUAUCUAAACACCAACAAAAUGCUCUCACAAAUAACUUCAUGGCCCAUUCCAAGUCUCAUCCGAUUCAUAUUGAAGCUAAAUCAAGAAUUCAUUCAUGGAACGGUCAACAAACAAGCAAACGAGAUCGAUCGCUAAGUAUAACUCGAAAUCAACAAGCUACUUUUACUGAUCCGAAACCAGCUAUUCAUACCUGGAAUUCAAAAAAAUCAAUAAAACCAAAAGUGGCAGGUACUGAUAUCCCUCAACCAAUAAAUAUUAUUGGCAAACCAACAGUAGAUAAUUGGAAUGAUCUUUCAAGAAAACCUUUUCAACGAAACGAACAGAUGCAUACAAGUACUUGGCCCAACGAUACUAAACAACUAGAAACAUCAAUGAUUGAUUUCAAUCAUGUUAAACCGACGAUUGAUACUUGGAAUGAACAUAUUGACUCAUCGAGAUCACGCUCAUUGUCAAUUGAACAGCAGAAUUUAGCCUUUAUUGAUCCAAAAUCAUCAGUUAAUACUUGGCGAGAUAAUAUUAAACCAUCGAAACGAAAAUUACUUAAAAUGCCAGAACCAUCAUUAGUUCGUGAAGAAACAAUUUUUAUUUCUACUCCGAAAAAUGAAAUUAACAACAGACAAAAUCUACCAAAACAACGUCAAAUGCAUUUUGAACCUGUUUCACAUAUUGAUUGUUGGAAUUUGUCAUAUCAACCACGAAAACAACUUCACCCGUUAAGAAUCGCAUCUUUUCAAAAUGAUUUCUAUCCUUUAUCUAAUUAUCAAAUUCUUCCACCAAUUCAAUCAUCAGAAUCUCAAUGUUUGGUUACGAGUGCUAAACCACAAGGGAGUGCACCAACGUCGAAAGCAAGUACAACACACAAAGCACCAGCUGGUCCUCCUAAGCCGUCAACUCAAAAAUUACCAUUGAAUGCAAAAUCGAAAACAGGUUCACUUGACAGCGCUCAUCCGAAACCAGUCGGUAGUGCUGCUAAGGUUGGCAAUAAAAAACCUGAUCCUAAAGAGAAAUCCAAACCAAACGCUGAUAGCAAUGCUAGUGAAAUCAUGACAACAGGUGGUGGCAGUAAUGAAGCUAGUGCAACAGUUAAUAAUGAAAAAGUUGGUGAAACAUCCAAUGAAAUAAUGGAAUCCCAAAAACCUGACGACGGUUUCGCUUAUACUAUCGAUAAAACCACUAAUGAUAAAAGUUAUUGGAAAUGUAAACAUGUUCGAACAUUUAAAUGUAACGGACGAAUUCACACUAACUGUACUCAUACAACAUUAUUACACGAAGACGAUAAUCAUAAUCAUCCUGGUAAUCCCGUUUCAACUGAAAUUCGAAUAUUUGAAGGAAAAAUUCGUCAUUGA